UACCGUGUAUGUGCAUAUAAAUUGUUGGCGACAGGUGCGUGGGGGAUUUUUACACAUCGAAAAAUGAUGGGAUUCGCUCGCAUGGAAUCUGAAGCUUUAUUGAAAGGUCAAGGUCGAGUGAAUCAGCUUGGUGGAGUUUUUAUAAACGGCCGACCCCUCCCAAAUCACAUACGCCUGAAAAUAGUAGAGCUGGCAGCCCAAGGUGUGCGUCCGUGCGUCAUCAGUCGUCAGUUGAGGGUUUCGCACGGUUGCGUGAGUAAAAUCCUCCAACGUUACCAGGAAACCGGAAGUAUCCGCCCGGGAGUCAUUGGUGGCAGCAAACCACGAGUAGCCACACCGGAAGUGGAAAAAAGGAUAGAAAACUACAAAAAGGACAAUCCGGGUAUUUUUAGCUGGGAGAUACGUGAUAGAUUGUUAAAAGAAGGUAUGUGUGACAGGAGUUCCGUACCGAGUGUCAGCUCCAUCAGUAGGGUUCUCCGGAGUAAAUUCCACCGUUCCGAGUCCGAGUCAGAUCUGGAGGCGGAAGCGAUCCUGAAGGAAGAGGAAGAGGACAACACCGACAUCGACGAUAUUAGUAUCAGCGGUAGAGGAGGAAACAAACACAGCAUAGAUGGGAUCUUGGCUGACAACAAGGACGACAAGACAGACGACGAAGGAUCUGACUGUGAUUCAGAACCAGGUCUAUCAGUGAAGCGGAAGCAGAGACGCAGUAGAACUACUUUCACGGCGGAGCAAUUGGACGAACUGGAAAGAGCUUUCGAACGCACGCAUUAUCCCGAUAUCUAUACGAGAGAAGAGCUAGCUCAGAGAACAAAACUGACCGAAGCUCGCGUGCAAGUAUGGUUCAGCAACAGAAGAGCAAGGUUUAGAAAACAAAUGGGAAGUAACCAGAUUACCGCCCUUAACAGUUUUCUACAGGUGCCGCAAGGUGUCGGUAACUCAUCGUAUGUCUUCCACGACCAGCCGGGAUAUCCAUUGCCUUCAGGAACAGAGGGUCUUUUCCACAGACCGACAGUUCCCCAGUCUCUACAGUCCAUGAGCCAACCAAUCAAACACGAGAACUCAUAUGCUGGUAUUAUGGACAGUUACCUGUCUCACUCAUCACAGAUGCAUUCUUUGGCUUCAAUGGUAAACACAGAAAAUACAUUUAGUAAUACGUGGGCAACACCAGUGACGUCAUCAACUACGUCAUCAAUCACGAACUAUCCACCAACAAAUAAUCACUUCCACUCACCCUACAGUGACGUCAGUAAAACACCUCUUCAUUACCCACCUCAUAUAACAGUACCGAGUAUGAGCGAUCGGUGUUCUAUAGACGAUAGUCUUGCAGCCCUACGCAUGCGCUCUCGAGAACAUUCUGCUGCCCUGAGUCUGAUGCAUGUUGCGGAUGCUGGGAAAAUGACAGCUACCUUUUGACCUUUGACACAAUAGAGGUUUUAAUACUUUGAUUAUAAUUGUACUGCGAAACGACGCCAAUGUGUCCUUCCUGAAUACUCCGGACACGAUAAAUCUCUGUUCGACGAGAAUGGUUGGAUUUGGAUCAUGACGAGAAUGAUUACAUAAUGUAUUGCCAAAUGGUUUGAAGAACGUCUUUAUCCCUAAGUUGUCAAAAUAUCUUUUAGAAUUGAUUUUCAGAGGACUCAUGUAUCAUAAUCUACGUCAUUGACGUUACAACAGCAAGGACAUACAAGGUACCUAACAGCAGACGUCGAAGAAUCUGUUUUCUAUGAGACAGUACUGUUGAGGACAUCCACGAUACAAUGAAUCUAUGAUGUAAACUGGAUUCUCAUUCGGUUCUGUUCGCUCGCAAAAUGAUGUCGUUUGCUCAUGGUUUUAUGGCAGGUCGUUAUAGACAACCCUAUGAGAUGAAUAACAAUACUUUACGUUGACAAUUUUAUAGACUUUUCUAUACUUUUAAGAAGAAAAUGUCAAUAUAUUAACCUGCCUUGUCGUUCAAAAAUAACCAAAUCAUAGUGAAUCGUAUACUAAACGUGAAGUUAUACAAUGCCAACUUCUGAAUAGGAGUUAUUGUUGAUACAAAAACAAUUAUCUUUGUAAUAAUAAAGUCAACAUGUUUAUAUGUACAUAUUUCAUAUAACUGUCCUAUUGAUUUCGAAUUAUGUUUUCAUAAUAUGCACACAAAGUUCUUGAAAUGCACCUCGUAGUAGCUAUUAGUUUUGGUGUAUAAUUUGUAUGUGUUAACUAUAGAUGGCGUGUGACCUAUAUACGGCGUAUGAUCUAUACAUGUUAUGUGAACUGUACAUG